CCGGGAACAACAGCAAAAGGCAGGUUCGGCUGCUUAUAGCAUUUCUGUGAUUCAACUUGGCCCUCUGCUCUGUUUCAUUGACUCAUGGAAAGAACAGCGUUCACAAAACCAGGCAAAGUAAAUUGAAAAAAAAAACACCAAUUCAGAAAAGGAGAGCAAGCAAAUACUAAAGAUACCUUUGUUUAAGAAAACAUGGAAAUGACAUGAAUUGUGAAAAGAACAUUCUUCCCAGAAGACGCCAUCACCAAAGUUUUUGUCGCCCACAGUGCACGGUUUGCAAGCAGAAUGGAUGGUACAACUUCUCUUUCCGCUGGAAACCUUUCCAUUCUCUUUAACUUUUCAAAGAGAAAUUUCACCUUUGAUCAUUUUGACCAAUGCUAUUCACCAUCUGCCAUGAUUUUCAUAUUAGCUCUGAUUUACAGUGCUAUCAUGAUCUUCGGGGUUUCUGGCAACCUACUUCUAAUUGUUAUCAUCAUGAAACAGAAGGAAAUGCACAAUGUCACAAACAUUCUGAUUGUCAACCUGUCAGUCUCCGACCUGCUCAUCAGUAUCAUGUGCUUGCCUUUCACUUUUGUCUAUACGUUCAUGGACCACUGGAUUUUUGGUGAGGCCAUGUGUAAGCUGAAUACCAUGAUACAGUGCAUCUCCAUAACUGUCUCCAUCUUCUCCUUGGUGCUGAUUGCUGUGGAGCGCCACCAGUUGAUCAUCAACCCCCGUGGUUGGAGACCCAACAACAAGCAUGCCUACCUAAGCAUUGCCAUUAUGUGGACAGUGGCCAUCCUCACAGCACUGCCUUUUCUACUUUUCCACGUUCUAACAAGCGACCAGAUCCAGUACGACGCUAGAUACUCAGCGGAGUUUGCUGUGAAGUAUUUGUGUUUUGACCAGUGGCCAUCAGAAAACCAGAGGCUUGUCUACACCACUUAUCUCCUGAUACUGCAGUACUUUGCUCCGCUCUGCUUCAUAUUCAUCUGCUACUUCAAAAUAUAUGUGCGCCUGAGGAGAAGGAAUACCAUGAUGGACAAGAUGAGAGAGAAUAAAUACAGGGCAGAUGAGAACAGAAGGAUCAACAUUAUGCUAAUCUCCAUUGUAGUUGCUUUUGCAGUCUGCUGGCUACCUCUCAACGUUUUCAAUGCUAUUUUUGAUUGGAACCAUGAGGUUAUUAAUAAUUGCCAUCAUAAUCUAGUUUUCUCUUUAUGCCAUCUGACAGCAAUGCUCUCGACCUGCACAAACCCCAUUUUUUAUGGAUUCCUCAAUAAGAACUUUCAGAGGGACUUGCGAUCAAUUCUCCAUUACUGUAAAUGCAGCUCCAGAGAGGAGGACUAUGAAGCUAUUGCCAUGUCAACCAUGCAGUCUGAGAUUUCCAAGAGCUCUUUGAAACAGACAACACAAAUUGCUUGAGAUUUGUUGAUUCCAAAGUAUUGCCUGAAUAGUGUGAACAGUAAUUGGUGCCCCCAACUAUGCUACUGAAUAUUACUACAGAUCAUUCUACCUAUAUGAAGCAAAACAUCUACUCAACGUCUUAAAUAAUCACAUGAGUUUUAUAUUUUAGCUAUUAAACAGGAGAUUGCUUACAACUUGCUCUUUCUGGUCUAUGUUCCAUAAUUGGUAACACUUAUGCUACUUUUGAAGAAGACUUUGCUAAAAUAGUUCAAGGUCACAAACUGAACAGCGUGAACUUUAUAACUUCUCUUUAUGUCUUCUUGGUUACAUUGGAAAGGGCAUAUUUUAUUACCUAUCUGAAUUCUUUUCAAAUUAUAUUCUGUUAGCAUGCACACUAUUUUCAAGACCUUUAGAUGUAUUAACAAAAUUAGUUCUCUAUAUUGAUGUCAUGGAAGAACUGAAGCUGAAGGUUUUAGCUUUCUUCUCAAGAUGAGAGGAAAAUCAAAGGACCAGCUACCUCAUUCUGUUGCCACUUUCCUCCCAGUAGCAAAGAAAUGGAUGGGUAGUAUUGUUUCCGUUGGGCAGAUGAUAGUCAAGAAUAGAGGACUUGUAAAUAAGGAAGUCAUUGAUUUUGAGAAUCUAUUUCACAAAAAAAGCUUUUCUUUUACAGGCUUGAUUUUACAAAUAUACUCCCGUUAAGAACUAAGCAAAAUCUGCAGCAGAUAUUUUGAACCAAAAAAAAUCUUGGUGCGAUAACAAUGUUGUUUGUGGGUUCUUUUGACAUAUUGUAUUAUUAUAGUGUCAGCAUUGUCCAAUGUUAUAUAUUUGAUGCAUGUUAAUGUUUGAAAAGAAGAACACCAUCAGUAAUAAUAAGCAUACUUUUCAAAAGUUACUUAUUAAAGGUUUAUCAUUGCCAGAACAAACAAUUAUUAAAAUGAGUUUUUAAAAAAACAGAUCCCUACUUUUGACAGUGAGAUACUGCCAAAUCAUUACACAGGUGAUGUUUAUUAAGUUAUAUUUACUUGCUGUUACAUGACCUUUCAACGGGUUAUUUUGCAAUCUCAGCUUGGUCAAAAGUGCUUGAGCAAGUGUAUUUAACAUCAUGCCUCAUGGGUAAAGUUGUGCAGAAAUUAACAUUGAGGAUACAAAGAAGAAGAAACAGUGUAUUAUUUAUUCUGUUUUGGAAUUCUAUAGUUAUCUUAAAAAUGUGACAGUGAAAGCAUUUACUGUUAUUGAAGCUAAACCUAUCAUUGUGGUUUUAGUUCUGAUUUCUUGUACUGAAGAAGGGUCUUAGCCCAAAUCGUCAAUUGUUUACUCUUUUCCAUAGAUGCUGCUUGACCUUCUGAGUUCCUCCAGCAUUUUGUGUGCAUCAUUUUUGAUUUCUAGCAUCUGCAGACUUUCUUAUGUUUAUGUUCCUCGUACAGAGUUAGCUUAACUCAUUCAGAGGAGAGGUAAAAGCAUUCUGGGUCAGAGAUGGGAAAUUCAAAAUUCAACAACUUUGUCAGGAUCAUUCAUUCAGGCUUCAAAGAAUGCUUCAUUUGGGAUGCCCUGGGAUUAUGAAGAACAUCAUAUAAAUGUAAGUCUGUCUAUUGUUUCUCCUCUUCUGCUGGAAGUCCUUGUCUGUAUUUUCGGUAAGAAGGGGAUCAUGCUCAUAUUUGAUGUCCAAUGAGGUGUAGAUUAAAUAAACUCAUCAUGUGUGAAUUUGGGAGUGGUGGUAAUGUGGAGCAGGAGUGUGAUUAAUCCAGUGGACCAAACUACUGUAUAUGAAUCCAUGGUUUUGUGUCCAAUUGAUAUUAUCUGCCAAUAUGAUAGUUCAGUUUUUCGUUGUAAAUAACAGUUGGUGAUUUACGUGGUGAUGUGUGUGUGUAUAGUACAUGAAUGUGUGCAAGUGUCUAUGUGUGUAUGCUUGUAUAGCAUGGGUGUGUGUGUGAGCGUGUGUGAACAUUGUACAGGAUCCUCAGAAGUGUUGACUCCCUUGGUGAGAUUGACAAAAUCAAGAGAGGAAGAAACCUAAAUUGGGAAGAAUAGAAUAAAAUCAAACUGAACUAAAUGUAACAAUUCUUGGCGAAAUUCAAAAAUGCUUUGCUAGGUUUAAUGAAAUAAAAACAAGUUCAAGCUUUGAUCUAAAAUCUUUGAAUGUCAACUUGGCCUGGUUCAAUGUCUAAGAAUAUGAAACAGGAUGCUGUGGCCUUAUUGCUCACUACAUGGAAGUCAUGGAAGGGUAUAACAAAUGUUCGUAUGAUACUAAGGCGAUUCUGCAUUUUACAAAAAGGUCUUAGAAUGAGAAACUAGGACAAUCAAGAUUCCAACACCACUGAAGAAUGUCAAAGAGCCCUGUCAGUAUCCAGAUUGAUAAUCCUUCCUCAGCCUAGAACACCAUGAAGAGUUACAUCUACUAUUCAUCAUGUUCAUUGUGGGACCUGGCUUAACAUAAUAUGGUCUCAUGCCUGAUCUAAGUGUUUUGGUAAAAAUGCCAAAUAAAUAUAAACCCUUUCCAUACAGUAUAUAACAGAACCAAAUAAUUUCAUAUUGAACACAUCCUGCAAGUAUCAGUGAGGUUCUCUGAAAUAGGUAAAAUUAAUAUGAAUUGCGUGGUUAUUUUUCAGUAGUUGAAUGCAUACAAUUUGAAGUACAUUUUAUAGAAGAAAUUCCAUGAUCCAUCAGAAUGAAGGAGAGUAUAAAUUAACAAGAGCUUUAUUUUGCACUUUUAUAAACUUAUAAUUAAUGGAAUGAAGAGAAGGACAAAGUAGCUAAACAUCAACUGAGAAAUAAAUUACUUGCACUGUAAGACUAAUUUGGCUAGAAAUUCAGAUCUAGUAAGCUGUGUAAUGAAGCAAUGCCUGCCACAAGGUAGUUAUCUAGUAGAUAAUUGGGCUUGUGGAUGAUUGAACCUCACAUAAUCGGUGGUUACGGCUGGAGAAGGAUUCCUCUGAUUCUCUUCCCUUGUGAAAUAAAUACAUCUUAUAAAAGAAUUGCAAAAAACCAAGGGCAUUCCAUCAUCGUUACCUUUUUUCUAUCAGAAUCAUUGUUCAGACACUGAUGUACUUUCUCUUUCCCAAAGGGAGUAUGUGGACGUGGGUUAACAAUCUAACUUCUGAACUCAUUGAGGCCAUCAUGGCAAAUGGAACAGACUAAUUUCACCCUGAAGUAAAACUGCACACUCUCCUGCUUUAAGAAUAGCUGAAUGGAUAGCUAUCAGUCUGUGAACAUGUUUACAGAAUACCUUGAUCAACAAUGUGCUUUAAGGGGAGAUGGUAGUGUCGAGAAUCUUUGUAUGUCUUGCCAAGGAUAUCCAUCAACAAACACGGAUUUGCAAUGUUGACAAUCAAAUUAAGUAGCACCCCAAAGCAAUUGUUAUGUGCAAUUAGGUCAGUCUAUUCAACACAGCGGAGUCAAUGACUGAAAUUCACAUUGCCACUCAUUGUAAUGUUUUCAGCACAGAGCUAGCACCAACUUCAAUGUUGACUAUCUUAGCAUGUAAGCAGCAGUCUGAGUUGUACAGGCAACAAAUACCAAGAUGUGAAGUCGAAGUGCAGUCCUCGGUGCCACCACUUUUUGAAAAUAUUAACUAUUUUAAAGGAAUUUAAAAACUCAAAACACUAAUUGAAUUGAGUGAGUUCCAUUGGAAUCCCAUUAGCAAAUAAUCUGAAAGUUUUUCAUAAUUCCUUUAGGUGGGAGGGAAUCAUUUAUCCUGCUGUCCAGUGUUAACACAAUGAGAUAUUUAUAUUGUUGAACUCCUAGUUCACAGUAUUGACAUAAAUCUGUCUUGUACAUUGAUCAGUAUCCUGGUUUCCAUACUAUGCACACUUCCAGUAGAUAACAGCAUUGUGCAUAUUUCUCUCUUUCUUGUAUCCGUGCCAAGCUACAGGUGAGUGAGACACUAAUGUGGAACAAAUCACAAACAUUUGCACCAAAACAAACCAGUGUGUGGCGGAAUUAUGUGGCCUAUUAGCCUUGGGUAAUUGUAGUCUUUUAAGAUGAUUCAUAAAUGCGACUCCAGGUAAAACUUAGACAAAUCAUGAAUUAUUUUCUUUCUCACACUGUACAAAAAUGAGAUUAACAUUUUCCAACCUGAUUUUGAACUACAGCCUGUAAGUAGAGCAAAACAAAGUAAUGGCACAUAAAUAAAUGUACCGUAUGGCCAGAGUGACCAAUUUUUAUGAGUUGUGAAUAUUUCCAAGAGUAAUAUAACAGAGAAUGGAACUGCUAAUAUAAAGGAGAAUUUCUUCAAGAUUAAACUGGACAUUCAAUAUAAUUAUGGAGAAGGACAGGACUGGACCUAGAGUUGAGAUUUUUGAUUGGAGAAAGGCUAACUUUGAGGGGAUGCGAAGGGAUUUAGAGAGAGUGGAUUGGGUCAAGUUGUUUUAUGGGAAGGAUGUAAUAGAGAAAUGGAGGUCAUUUAAGGGUGAAAUUAUGAGGGUACAGAAUCUUUAUGUUCCUGUUAGGGUGAAAGGAAAGGUUAAAGGUUUGAGAGCACCAUGGUUUUCAAGGGAUAUUAGAAAUUUGGUUCAGAAAAAGAGGGAUGUCUACAAUAGAUAUAGGCAGCAUGGAGUAAAGGAAUUGCUCGAGGAAUAUAAAGGAUGUAAAAGGAAUCUUAAGAAAGAGAUUAGAAAAGCUAAAAGAAGAUACGAGGUUGGUUUGGCAAAUAAGGUGAAAGUAAAUCCGAAAGGUUUCUACAGUUAUAUUAAAAGCAAGAGGAUAGUGAGGGAUAAAAUUGGCCCCUUAGAGAAUCAGAGUGGUCAGCUAUGUGUGGAACCGAAGGAGAUGGGAGAGAUUUUGAAUGAUUUCUUCUCUUCAGUAUUCACUAAGGAGAAGGAUAUUGAAUUGUCUAAGGUGUGGGAAACAAGUAAGGAAGUUAUGGAACCUAUGACAAUUAAAGAGGUGGAGGUACUGGCGCUUUUCAGAAAUUUAAAAGUGGAUAAAUCUCCGGGUCCUGACAGGAUAUUUCCCAGGACCUUGAGGGAAGUUUGUAUAGAAAUAGCAGGAGCUCUGACGGAGAUCUUUAAUAUGUCAUUAGAAACGGGGAUUGUGCCGGAGGAUUGGCGUAUUGCUCAUGUGAUUCCAUUGUUUAAAAAGGGUUCUAGAAGGAAGCCUAGCAAUUAUAGACCUGUCAGUUUGACAUCAGUAGUGGGUAAAUUAAUGGAAAGUAUUCUUAGAGAUAGUAUUUAUAAUUAUCUGGAUAGACGGGAUCUGAUUAGAAGUAGCCAGCAUGGAUUUGUGCGUGGAAGGUCAUGUUUGACAAACCUUAUUGAAUUUUUUGAAGAAGUUACGAGGAAUGUUGACGAGGGUAAGGCAGUGGAUGUAGUCUAUAUGGACUUCAGCAAAGCCUUUGACAAAGUUCCACAUGGAAGGUUAGUUAAGAAGGUUCAGUCAUUAGGUAUUAAUGCUGGAGUAAUAAAAUGGAUUCAACAGUGGCUAGAUGGGAGAUGCCAGAGAGUAGUGGUGGAUAAUUGUUUAUUGGGAUGGAGGCCGGUGACUAGCGGGGUGCCUCAGGGAUCUGUUUUGGGCCCAAUGUUGUUUGUAAUAUACAUAAAUGAUCUGGAUGAUGGGGUGGUAAAUUGGAUUAGUAAGUAUGCCGAUGAUACUAAGGUAGGAGGUGUGGAUAAUGAGGUGGAUUUUCAAAGUUUGCAGGGAGAUUUAUGCCGGUUAGAAGAAUGGGCUGAACGUUGGCAGAUGGAGUUUAAUGCUGAGAAGUGUGAGGUUCUACAUUUUGGCAGGAAUAAUCCAAAUAGAACAUACAGAGUAAAUGGUAGGGCAUUGAGGAAUGCAGAGGAACAGAGAGAUCUAGGAAUAACUGUGCAUAGUUCCCUGAAAGUGGAGUCUCAUGUAGAUAGGGUGGUGAAGAGGGCUUUUGGAACGCUGGCCUUUAUAAAUCAAAGCAUUGAGUACAGAAGUUGGGAUGUAAUGCUAAAGUUGUACAAGGCAUUGGUAAGGCCAAAUUUGGAAUAUUGUGUGCAGUUCUGGUCACUGAAUUAUAGGAAAGAUAUCAAUAAAUUAGAGUGCAGAGACGAUUUACUAGGAUGUUGCCUGGGUUUCAGCAAUUAAGUUACAGAGAAAGGUUGAACAAGUUAGGUCUCUAUUCAUUGGAGUGUAGAAGGUUGAGGGGGGAUUUGAUCGAGGUAUUUAAAAUUUUGAGAGGGAUAGAUAGAGUUGACGUGAACAGGCUGUUUCCAUUGAGAGUAGGGGAGAUUCAAACUAGAGGACAUGAUUUGAGAGUUAGGGGGCAGAAGUUUAAGGGAAACACGAGGGGGUAUUUCUUUACUCAAAGAGUGAUAGCUGUGUGGAAUGAGCUUCCUGUAGAAGUAGUAGAGGCCAGUUCAGUUGUGUCAUUUAAGGUAAAAUUGGAUAGGUAUAUGGACAGGAAAGGAGUGGAGGGUUAUGGGCUGAGUGCGGGUAGGUGGGACUAGGUGAGAUUAAGGGUUCGGCACGGACUAGGAGGGCCAAGAUGGCCUGUUUCCGUGCUGUGAUUGUUAUAUGGUUAUAUUGCAGCUGUAGUAGUCUUUAUCAUUGGUUUUCUUUUGGCCCCCUAUCAUAAUUUUACUUGGAUGAAUAACAAGUAUUUUCCCAAAUUUCUGCUUGUCAUUCUUUGCAAAAUGGUAUUGAAAGUGCUGAUUUAAAAAUCUUACUGCCUUGGAUUUCCAGCAUCUGCAGAAUUUAUUGUGUUUCUGACUUUCUACAUUGGACUUGUUAGUGGACAUAGAGUUGUACUGUUUCUAUAACUCCAUUUAAAAUUUUUAUGAAUGAAAUGUUAAAAGUAAUCCUUUAAUAGGUGGCAACAAUUUACUGUGUGGAUCACAUUCUUCAGUAACUAAUUAUUUCUAAAAUAUUUUGGCUUGAUAUUAUACUCUUCUGAAGUAAAGAAUGAUGUCGAAUUAAAAGUUACACAGUGUUGGAAAAUUAGAGGUCUGCAAAAAAAAGGGAAAUCAGCAAGGAAUAAAUAGAUUAUGUGGGUAAGUUAGCAAGAAAUAUAAAAGCAACUCAAAAAGCAUUUAAAAAGGAAAAUAGUAAGGCCCACAUUGGUUCCUCAGAGCAUACAAAUAGGAAAUUAAUAGAAGGAAGUAAGGAAACUUAGGAGAUUUUAAAUAAUAUCUUUUGCUAUAUUCAUAAUGGAAGUGAUUGAGAACUUCAGUAGAAAAUCCAAGUUCAAAAGGGAGGGAGGAUCUUCAAAACAAUCACCAGGUAAACUGGAUUAAGGCUGAUGAAUCUGGACCAGAUUGUUUCUAUCCUAGGAUCUUAAAAGGAGUGACUGUUGAUAGUAGUAAGAUCUUCCAAAAUUCCCUCAAUAUUAGGUAACCUGCAGUGCAUUGUAAAACUACAAAUAUAACAAGAAAGGAGAGGGGCAGAGAGAAGAUGACUAAAUAUGUAAGAACUCAUGGCAUGAGGUUAAUUUAGUAUCAUGGUUAGUAAACUAACCAACAUUAAACAUGAAGUUGGGAUAAAUGAAUAAUUUUCAUUUUGACAAGCUAACUCGUGGGGUGUCAUGGUGUCUAAUCUAUAUGUGUAUGGUAGCCGGAUCUGCAGAAAAUACUAAACAGGUAGAAGUGCUGGUUGUGAGGAGGAUACAGCAAGUCUGCAAUGGGAUAAAUAUAGUUUACACCAUCGGGAAGAAUUUAGUUUACGGAAUACAAUGUGGGGCAUGAUAGAAAAGCAGAAUAUUGUUUAAAUGGAGAGGGGUAGUAGAAGGCUGCUAUACAUGAGGAUUUGGGUGCCCUUAUACAUGAAAUACAGUCACUUGUUAAAGUGUAGCAAGUAAUCAAUAAGACAUACGAAGUUUUGGCUUUUAUUGCAAAUAAGUAUUGAGUAUAAAAGUACGAUAGUCUUACUACAACUGUACAGGGCAUUGAUGAGACUACCUUGUGCAUGUCUCUGGUCUCCUGACUUAAACUGGGAAAUACCAGGUUGAUUCCUGGGAUAAAGGGGGUGGAGUAAGAACAGGUUGCACCAACACCAUUUGUAGUUCAGAGGAAUAGAGAGCAUCAUAGAAGUAUGAGGCAGCUUGACAAAGAUGUUGCCUCUGAUGAAGAAAUCUAGAAUUGGGGACACCGUUUCAGAAUAAGGCAUUGCCUACUAAACAUGGCUGAAAAGGAAUUGCUCUUUACAGGUGAGAGUUUUUGGAAUUCUCAAGCUUUGGGAGUCAUGGAGUAUUUUCAAGACAGAUUUUAAGUCUUUGGUGGAGUCAGGGAUUAUGAAAAACAGGCAGGAAAGUGAGGCUGAGACCAGAAUCUGAUUAGUCAUAAUCUUACUGAAUGAUGCAACAGGUCUGAGGAGCCAAUGAUUUGCUCCUAUUUAUUGGACUAUCUUUUUAUCAACUGAAGGGUCACAUUGAAACAAUGUAUCAGAAUUUCAAAUUCUUUAUUAAAUAGUCAACAGGCCAGAAACAUUUUCUCUCUUAUCAUCCUUUCAACAGAUGCUCAAUGUUUUUAUUUCAGAUUUUUAAAAUUGUAAGUUGAAGUAUUUUUGCAUCUUAACAAGAUGCACAUUUUUAUACAGGAAAAAUGUAUUUCUGCUCUGUGUAAACUGAUGUAUUUUGUGGAUUGCAUCAAUAUCCAUACCUUUACCACAUACAGCCUAUUUUGUACUCAUGAGAUCAGAUCUGAAAACAUGCAGUGUAAAAAAAACCGCUAUGAUAGCAAAUAAGCAUUAAAUGUCCAACUGUUCUACAAAAGAAUAUAUUUGUGCAAUUUAGUGUUUAAAAAUAUUUGUUAUUGAUGUGAUGUUCAUUAUUUACAAGAAAAAUGUAUCAUUGGACCUCCACAGCAUCAUAUGAAUAAAAUAAAUUAUCUUGUC